CUACUUUUCAGCAAACAAGUCGAGAGAAGCCAAAAGUUUUCACAGUAGCAUUCGAAUUAAAAAUAUUUCCUAUAAGCUACAAAUUUCAUAUAGUCAACAAUUCUUGAGGUGUAAUUGAUAAAUAGUGUGGUACAAAAGUUAUUAAUAUUGAACACCAGGCAGAUUUCAAGCAAUUAAGAUUUGCUAUCACCGUGAUUAAGAUCAAACAAUAAAAAAUGGCAUUCGCAGGAUUAAAAAAACAAAUCAACAAAGCUAAUCAGUAUGUAACUGAGAAAAUGGGUGGUGCUGAAGGAACAAAACUUGAUCUUGAUUUUAUGGAAAUGGAAAGGAAAACUGAUGUAACAGUUGAAUUGGUAGAAGAAAUACAAGCAAAAACUAAAGAAUAUCUUCAACCAAAUCCAACUGCUCGAGCUAAAAUGAUUGCUGUUCAGGGUAUCUCAAAGUUAUCUGGCCAAGCUAAAAGUAACACGUAUCCUCAAGCAGAAGGUGUGUUAGCCGACUGCAUGCUCAUUUAUGGCAAACGGUUAGGUGAAGACUCGAGCCUUUUCGCUCAAGCCUUAGUAGAGUUUGGCGAUACCUUAAAGCAAAUGGCUGACGUUAAAUAUGCUCUUGAUGAUAAUGUUAAGCAGAACUUUCUGGAACCUUUGCAUCAGCUUCAAAUGAAAGAUUUGAAAGAAGUUAUGCAUCAUCGCAAAAAAUUGCAAGGUCGUCGUCUUGACUUUGACUGCAAGAAACGUCAGAGAGCAAGAGGCAAGUUUAAUAAAUUUAUUAUGUAUGAUGAGAUAAAAGGAGCGGAACAAAAGUUUGCUGAAUCUUUACAACAUGCCCAAAUGGGCAUGUAUCAUUUACUGGAGAACGAUGUCGAGCAGAUAUCUCAAAUGGCUUAUUUUGCUGAGGCAUUGUUAGAUUACCAUCAGCAGUGUACUGGUAUCCUUCAAGGCUUAGUAGAGACAAUGCAAGCAAAACGUGAAGAAGCGGCGCAACGGCCAAAAUCUGAGUUUGUUCCAAAGACUCUUUCCGAUUUAGUUGUUGAUAAUGAUGAUGGCUUGUCUGGAACUCCAGGAACACCAGUUAAGCCAAAUCAUUUGGAAAUUAUGGGAAAUGGUUCAAAUGCUCGUUCAAGUAACGCAUCUCCUUUACCAUCGCCAAUGAGAUCUCCAGCUAAACCGCCUCAACCAGUUCAGCCUCAACAUCCAAGUUGUAUAGCACUCUAUGACUUCGACCCCGAGAAUCCUGGAGAGCUUGGAUUUAAAGAGAACGAUAUUAUUACUUUGAUUCAACGGGUUGAUGAUAACUGGUUCGAAGGAAAAGUUAAUGGGAAGCAAGGAUACUUUCCACAGUCAUAUGUUGAAGUUAAAAUUCCAUUACCUUAAAAUACCCAAUCAGAAAAUGAUGUCAUAAGUAUAAUUCGCUAAAAACUUAUUUCCUUAAACUCUACUAAUAACAAGAUGUAAUAACAUUAGUGUUGAAAAUAUUCAAGAAAUAACUUCUUCUAAAUAUUUUAAGCUCGUCUUAUUGAAAUCUCCGUAUCAAACUAUAUUUUCUGUUAUGUUGAUGCUAAAUUCAUGUAAUAUGAGAUAAAAGAUAAAAAAUAUACAAAAGGAACGGUGAUAAUACGACAAUUAUUCGCAGUGAAAUAUAGGAUUGCUCUUGGCGACUUAGUACUAUAUAUAAAUAUAUAUAUACAACAUGGAAGAAGAAAUCUUUCAUCAGCUUGUCUUGGCAAUAAAGUAUGAAAUUAUAUUAAUGUUUAAGAUAGAAAAACCAUGUCUGAAUUCGAUAAAGAAACACAAACACUCUUAAUAAAACAAAGCAAGUUGAAGAGUCGCUAAGAUUAGAUAAACAUUAUUUAAUUGAAAAGAACUAAUUAAUCGAAUAAUUAAUUAACUUAUGCAGUUAUAAAUCUACACAAGAGUUCAUUAAAUAUUAGGGUUAAAUAUCAUCAGUUUAUUAUUGUUCUUGAAAUUACUGAAAAUCUAUUCUAAUGAAUGUAGGUAUGGAAAUGUUAAAAUUAAAAUUAAAAAUUUGAUUCUUUCCAAAAAUUUAAUUAACUUAAAAAUGUGAAAGUGAACAAUAAGUAAUAAAAAAUGAGAUUAUCGAUUUAUUUACUGGCACAAUAAAA